UAGGCGUGUGGACAAAACACGAACGAACCAACCAACUCCUCCAAACAUGUUGUCUAAACCCAGUUCCACUUUUUCUUCGGUCAAAUAAAUAAGCCGCACCCAUUCUCCAUUCGUUGCAUUAUUAUUUAAUAAUAAUAGUAUUCCAUUCCCAUUCCCAUUCGCACUUGCACCCUAUCACACUCAUUCCUUUACCUUCCAAUCUACCAUUACAUUCUCCAUGGCGGCCCUCGCUGCCUCAUCCUCCGCCGCUACUCUUCCCUCCUCCGUCAAAUUCUCUUCCCCUUCUCAAUUUCCUAAUUCUACCACCUUCACCCCCCAUCGACUAUCUCUCACCCCCAAAUGCACCCUUCGUUCCGAAAACACCCUUCCCCAAAACGCCAUCGUUUCCAAACCUUCUCCUCUCGAGUUACUCAAAACUUCUUCUGCCGACAGGUAUACGAAGGAGAAGAGCAGCAUCAUUGUGAUUGGACUCAACAUUCACACUGCUCCCGUUGAAAUGCGUGAGAAGCUUGCAAUUCCAGAAGCACAGUGGCCUCAAGUUAUUCAGGAGCUUUGUGCUCUCAAUCAUAUUGAAGAAGCCGCUGUUCUCAGCACUUGUAAUCGAAUUGAGAUAUAUGUUGUUGCUCUCUCUCAACACCGUGGUGUUAGAGAAGUCACCGAUUGGAUCUCUAAGUUAAGUGGGGUUUCGGUACCUGAGAUUUGUAAGCACCAGAUCUUGUUGUAUAAUAAGGAUGCCACACGACAUCUUUUUGAAGUAGCUGCCGGUCUCGACUCCCUUGUUCUUGGGGAGGGUCAAAUUCUUUCUCAAGUUAAACAAGUUGUUAAAUCUGGACAAGGAGUGCCUGGUUUUGAUAGGAAAAUCAGUGGUUUGUUCAAACAGGCUAUCUCUGUUGGAAAACGGGUUCGAACUGAGACUAACAUUUCAUCGGGAUCGGUUUCUGUUAGUUCAGCUGCUGUGGAGUUGGCGCUUAUGAAGUGUUCAAAAUCUUCCUUUGACAACGAUAGAGUGUUGGUAAUUGGGGCGGGUAAGAUGGGGAAACUUGUGAUCAAACAUUUGACUGCUAAAGGGUGUCGAAAAAUGGUGGUUGUUAACAGAACUGAAGAGAAAGUCAAUGCCAUUAGGCAAGAGUUGAAGGAUAUUGACAUAGUAUUUAGACCUCUUUCUGAGAUGUUGGAAUGUGCUGCUGAGGCUGAUGUAAUCUUCACCAGCACUGCAUCUGAGUCCCCUUUGUUCUCAAAAGAGAAUGUGCAGAUGCUUUCUCCGGUUGGCCAAGGUGUGAGAAGACGACUUUUUGUUGAUAUAUCUAUUCCAAGGAAUGUGGAACCAGGUGUGUCGGAGCUGGAAAGUGCACUAGUGUACAAUGUGGAUGAUCUUCGGGAAGUUGUUGCUGCUAACAAGGAGGAUAGACACCAGAAAGCUAUGGAAGCACGGGGAAUAAUCCAGGAGGAAUUGAAUAAGUUUGAUGCGUGGAUAGACUCUCUUGAAACUGUUCCUACUAUUAAGAAAUUUAGAGCUUAUGUUGAAAGGAUUAGAGCCUCUGAGCUGGAAAAAUGUUUGUCAAAGAUGCGUGGUGAUGUCUCCAAGGAACACAAAGAAGCAAUGUAUGCCCUUAGUAUGGGUAUUGUGAAUAAGCUACUUCAUGGUCCCAUGCAGCACCUGAGGUGUGACGGGAAUGAUAAUAAUAGUCUUAGUGAAGUCCUUGAGAACAUGCGUGCUCUUAACAGAAUGUAUGAUCUUGAGACAGAAAUAUCCUUGAUGGAAGAAAAGAUCAGAGUCAAGAUGGAACGGAGUCAGAAGUAAACUACUCUUGAUCUUGAGACAGAAAUAUCCUUGAUGGAAGAAAAGAUCAGAGUCAAGAUGGAACGGAGUCAGAAGUAAACUACUCUUAAAAUGUUUUUCGAUUAAUGCGAUUCCCAUGGUGGCUGAAAGCCUCACCAUUUUGUACAUUACAGUAAUAUCUUGACGCCCUUAGGAGACUCAUUCUUUUUAAUCAUUCUUUUUUUAACAUUAUACGAAGGGGAAUAGACAUUGGUGUCCCCAUACUGAAUAUUGUGAGUGUAGUUGAAGAAGAUUCAUGCUCCUCAUGACAAGAGGUGGUUCUUGUAUUUUUAAUUGUUAACAUUGCAAUUUGCAAGUGCUGAUUUUUAAUAUUAGUCUGAGAAGCUGUUUUCAAACAUCUUAUCA